UCUGUGGUGAAUGUGGUGUGUGUGACUGUAACUGUAAUUGACUUUAUAAUUGUGAAUAUUUCACAAUCACAAGAAUAACAAUACCAUUAAUGUCUCUAAUCUAAUGAAAUAUCUAUAUAAAAAUAGAAACCCGUGAAGCGCACCUUAGUACUUGAUUAUUCUUACUCAUCAUGUCCAAGAGGCCGGCAUCGGUUGUUUUUGAAGAACCGGAACAGAGUAAAAGGUCUGAGAAAAAGGAGGGAAAGAAACAUUCCUUGGACUCUGACGAAGAGGAUAGCGCUGCAGAGGAGGAACAGCAGAAUGUCCUCAAUGUUGACGAUAUAGAGGGAGAAGAAGAUGGUGCUGGAGGAAUGGAAGGUGAAAUUACUAUAACACCAUUCAAUAUGAAAGAAGAGUUGGAAGAAGGGCAUUUUGAUACUGAAGGACAUUAUCACUGGAAAAAAGAGAAAGAGAUUAAAGAUGGUUGGCUUGACAAUAUAGAUUGGGUGAAAGUCAAAGGUAGACCUGAAGAUAAAUAUAAGAUUUUCAAAAAUGAAGAAUCAACAUCAAAGGGCAUUUUUGAUGAUUCAGACAGCGGUGAAGAAGAGAGUUAUGAAAAGUAUGAUAUCAUACAGAAUUACAAGGAAAUCAUACAGUUUAUGAAACCUAAGGAGACCAUUGCAAAAACCUUACAACGUCUCGGUGCAAAUUCAAAAAUCUCAAGUGCAGAACGCUGGAAGCGAAAAAAAGCUGGCAUCAUUGAUGAAAGUGGCAAAACUGUUACAAGAAUUACUGAACUGGCAAAUCAAAUUCUAACUAAAGAGGGUAAUAUGGAUAUCUAUCAGGAGACUUAUGAAAAAAUAAGUAGUAUCCUUGCUAAAGAGAAAUCGAAGAAAGAUGAUGCUCAAUUGGAUAUGUAUUCUGAUGAUUUUGAUGAGAAGGAGAAAAGUAAUAUUGAUAAAAAGGAUCAUGUUGAAACCAAAGAAAGUCCUGUAAAAGAGGAAUCCCAAGAAUUGAAAUGGGAGUUCAAAUGGACUCAAGACAAUAAUGCUGAAGUUUCAGGACCUCAUACUACAGAACAAAUGCAAAAGUGGGUCACAGAGGGAUACUUCAAAACUGGUGUGUGGGUUAGAAAGUGUGGGGAAGACACACAGUUCUAUAGCUCUAACAGAAUUGAUUUUGAACUUUAUAUGUAGUUAUCUACUAAUAUGAAAUACAAAUUUAUACAAAAUACAUAACAUUAAACAUA